AUGCAACACUACAUAUUCACAACGAAAGACAUCCGCAACACCCUCAUCAAGUCCGCCACGGACGAUACUAUCAAGUUCACCGUCUCCACAACAUCAGUCGAGGAGAACAACUUCAAGCCAAAGACGGAGAUUCGGCGCAUGAGUGAAAAGGCCCCGCUGGCCGUCGUUAUCCACUGGGAUGACCGGAUCUUCGAGAUUGAGGGGCGGAAGUUGAGCUUUACGACGACGAAGGUGCAUCCUUCGGUAUUAUUCUCCCCUACUACGGAGAGGAUCUGGCGAUGGGAUGGAGAAGCGUAUUUAGUUGACUAUAGAAGGGGGAAAUGGGAGGUUAAAACGGAGCUCGGGAAAAAACACGCAGCUGCAUUCACCAUCCAAUAUAGUCCUCUAUUUCGCGCCGAGCAGCCAGCAUCCAUGAAGAUAGAGUCCUUUGCAGAGCAAGACACGCUAUUCUUCAUUCUGAUGUUCAUAUACUCGGAGUUCAAGCGUCGGGACGAGCUGGAAAGUGACUCCGACAGCGAAUGA